CCCGGAAAUUUGUUGGAUUCGAGAUAAAUCAUGGUAAACUAAAGAAAGAAAGAAAAGCAGGCAGUAGUACGACUGACUCCACGAUAGUAGUAAAAUUUGAGGGGUUGAGAGCGCACGUGGUGCGUGAAUGCAAAAUGAAAGAGGUAGAGAAAGGAAGGGCGGGCAGGCAGCAACGAGCAUGAGACAAGACAAAUGCGCGUAGCUUUGAGGUUGGGUUGCAGUUAAAAGCCUUAAAAAAAGAAGAAACAUUCCUGUCCUUAAGCUCCUCAGAAUGUCCCGCCUACGUCCUCGCUCUCACUUAAUGCAACGUGCUCUCCUCCUCUCCCCCACUUUCCGUCUGUCCUUAGACUCUCUCCCAUUCUCACUUUCAUUUCAUUUCCCUCUUUCUUUCCUUUUUAUGAUCAAACUGUCGAAAAGGAAAGAUUUAUAUAUCCGUGAGACAACAUUAACUAAUAAUGGAUGAACAUACCAUCCAAGACGACGAUGACGACAGAGAUGCCCUCGCCGGCCUCAGCUCUGCCCCAACUCCCCAACGCAACAUCCACUCCUAUAGUCAGCAGCUCCGCGCCCCCUCCGCCCAGAAGCGUUACCACCAAGUCCGCAACCACAGCCUGGAUGACAUCCCCAAGCCCCUCGACCAUAAUUACUACAAUAACGACUCUUCCGAUGAUGAGUUCUUCCCGCACUCCUCCUCCCUUUCUAACAACGCUCCCUCUGCUGAAGAAUAUAUCAUCACCUCUCACUCCCAGAGGCUCGACCAGAACCUCUCCUUGGAUGGUGGCCCCGAUGAUCCCCGCCAAUGCCACACUUUGCCCGAGUUCAUUGGCGCUGGUGGCGGCACCGGUAUUUUCAAGGUCCCUAUGCGCGCUACCGUCCACCCCGGCCGCCCACCUUUCCUGGAGCUCAGGCCCCACCCUCUCAGGGAGACUCAAGUCUUAAAGUUCUUGAGGAACAUUGCUUGCACCGACACACAGCUCUGGGCAGGCCAAGAGUGUGGGGUUCGCUUUUGGAGGUUCCAGGACGCUUAUGAACCUGGCCUCGGUGCCAAAGUCAGGAGAGGUGAUGAAGAUGCGGUGCCCUUUCAGGAGUCUACCAACACCUCCCCUACGAUGUGUUUGCUGGUAGAUAGUGGAAACAGGUUGGUUUGGAGCGGCCACAAGGAUGGCAAGAUUAGGACUUGGAAGAUGGAUCAGCCUGCGGAUGAUACUUCUCCUUUCAAGGAAGGCUUGUCAUGGCAGGCGCAUCGUGGUCCCGUUCUUUCUUUGAUCAUGAGUUCCUAUGGUGACUUGUGGUCAGGCGGUGAGGGCGGUGCUAUCAAGAUUUGGCCAUGGGAAUCCAUUGAAAAGUCUCUUUCUCUUAGACCAGAGGAAAAGCACAUGGCUGCUUUAUUGGUAGAGAGGUCAUUCAUCGACCUUAAGAACCAAGUUACUGUUAAUGGUAACUGUAGCAUCUCUUCUUCAGAUAUCAAGUGCUUGAUAUCGGAUCAUGUAAGAGCCAAAGUUUGGUGUUCUCAGCCUCUUUCCUUCUCGCUGUGGGAUGCUCGCACAAAGGAGCUUCUCAAAGUGUUUAACAUUGAUGGUCAGAUAGAAAAUCGAGUUGACAUGCCAUCAGGGCAAGAUCAACCAGUAGAAGAUGAGAUGAAGGUAAAAUUUGUUUCCAGCUCAAAAAAGGAGAAAUCCGGGGGCUUUUUGCAACGAUCACGCAAUGCUAUAAUGGGAGCUGCAGAUGCUGUCCGUCGAGUUGCAACAAGAGGAGCAGGUGCAUUUGUAGAAGACAAUAAGAGGACGGAAGCACUAGUACUAUCUGCAGAUGGGAUGAUAUGGAGUGGAUGUACGAAUGGCCUGCUUGUGCAGUGGGAUGGAAAUGGAAGUCGCUUGCAAGAAGUUAAUCACCAUCCUUGUGCAGUCCAAUGCUUUUGCGCUUUUGGAGCACGAAUUUAUGUGGGCUACGUUAGUGGGACGGUCCAGGUGAUGGAUCUUGAGGGGAAUCUGAUUGCAGGAUGGGUUGCUCAUAAUGGUCCAGUGAUAAAAUUGGCAGCUGGCGAUGGCUUUAUCUUCAGCUUGGCUAGUCAUGGGGGUUUACGUGGAUGGAGCAUCUCAUCUCCAGGGCCAAUUGACAGCUUAUUACGAUCACACUUAGCAGAAAAAGAAUCAAAUUACUCAAUACAAGACAAUGUCAGAAUUGUUGUUGGAACAUGGAAUGUUGGUCAAGGAAGAGCCUCUCAGGAGUCACUUAUGUCAUGGUUGGGUUCUGUUGUAUCAGAUGUUGGCAUUGUUGUUGUUGGGUUACAAGAAGUAGAAAUGGGCGCAGGUUUCCUUGCAAUGUCUGCAGCUAAAGAAACCGUAGGACUUGAAGGGAGUUCUAUUGGCCAUUGGUGGCUCGACACAAUUGGGAAAGCCUUAGACGAGAACACAACAUUUGAACGUAUGGGUUCUAGGCAGCUGGCAGGGUUGCUCAUUUCUCUUUGGGUAAGGAAGAAUCUUAGAAUGCAUGUUGGGGACAUUGAUGCAGCAGCAGUUCCAUGUGGCUUUGGUCGAGCUAUCGGCAAUAAGGGAGGUGUAGGUUUGAGAAUCAGAGUGUUUGAUCGGAUAAUGUGCUUUGUUAACUGUCACUUAGCUGCACAUUUGGAAGCAGUAAACCGUCGAAAUGCAGACUUUGAUCAUAUCUAUCGAAAUAUGGUCUUUACCCGGUCAUCAAAUCUACUCAAUAAUGCAGCUGGUAUGGUGCGAUUACUGUUUUUCUGUUGCUCUCUUGCGUUCUCCUCAUAUUUAUUUAGGCUGCUUUAUUCUUCUGGCUUGCCACUGGUGCUCUGUGUUGCAGCUGGCGUCUCCACUGCUGUUCAAACGCUUCGGGCUACAAAUGCUGCAGGUGUCAAUGCUGAAGAAACAAAGCUUGACUUAGCUGAAGCAGAUAUGGUCGUCUUUUGUGGCGAUUUUAAUUACCGCCUUUUUGGUAUAUCUUAUGAUGAAGCAAGGGACUUUGUUUCUCAAAGAUGCUUUGAUUGGCUUAGAGAAAAGGAUCAGCUCAGGGCAGAGAUGAAAGCAGGUAAGGUUUUCCAAGGAAUGCGUGAGGCAUUAAUCAGAUUCCCUCCAACCUACAAGUUUGAAAGGCACCGACCAGGUUUGGCAGGUUAUGAUUCUGGUGAAAAGAAGCGCAUUCCUGCUUGGUGUGACAGAGUGAUAUAUCGUGACAACAAGUUGGGACCAGUGUCUGAGUGCAGUUUAGAGUGCCCCAUAGUCUCGUCCAUUUUACUGUAUGAGGCUUGCAUGGAUGUGACAGAGAGUGAUCACAAACCUGUCCGUUGCAAAUUCCAUAGUACAAUUGCCCAUGUUGAUAGAUCAGUUAGGAGACAAGCAUUUGGGGAAAUCAUACAGUCAAAUGAGAAAGUUAGGUCUCUUCUCGAUGAAUUACGUUAUGUUCCAGAAACGGUUGUUAGCACCAACAACAUAGUCCUUCAAAACCAGGACACAUCAAUCCUACGAAUCACCAACAAGUGUGAGAAGGAAAAAGCUAUAUUUAAAAUCAUUUGUGAAGGUCAGUCCACUGUGAAGGAUGAUGAGGAGGUAGCAGAUUACCAUCCGCGAGGCUCCUUUGGCUUGCCAAGAUGGCUUGAGGUUACACCAGCAGCUGGGAUAAUCAAACCCGAGCAGUUUGUGGAGGUGUCAGUCCAUCAUGAAGAAUUCCAUACCCUAGAAGAUCUUGUUGAUGGCAUCCCGCAGAACUGGUGGUGUGAAGACACCAGGGAUAAGGAAGUGAUAUUGACAGUGUUUGUACAAGGCAGUUGUUCAACGGAAACAACAAGUCAUCAGAUCCAUGUGCGUCAUUGCUUCUCAGCAAAGACAGUGCGCAUCGACUCAAAAUCCAACACCCACAGGAAAGGCCAAGGAGGUAGUCUUCAUCGCUCUGAACUUCGGCAGCUCAGCAGUUCCUCAGAUGCGACUGAUGAUUCCACCAGGAAUUAAUUCGCAUAACCCUUAAUUUGAAGCUACGAGUCAGGUCUGAUCAGAUAGUAGUAUCGGGCAGAUAGACUAUAUAUAUACAUACAUACAACAACCGGAUGGAGCCCUGAGGCAAUCAAGUGAGUCGGGUCUGGUCUGCUGCCUCAGGAAUUCAUUCCCUUGACAACUGUUGUCAAGAAACUGUAAAUUUGUUGGGGCUGGUUUCAGUUAUUAAUUUGUUGUCAUUUUUUUCAUA